AAGGUGAGAAAACGCGUUUUGAUAGUGACGAAAUUACGGAUAGAAUGCAAGUAUUGCAACCAAAUACGCUACAACAACUGGUCAAAAAUGCAAAAAAGCCACAUGCAUGGUCUGUAAAUUCGCGUGGGCCAGUGUACAAUGGUGCUGCACAAUCAACAUUGCGUAACAAGAGGGCAUAUUGGCGAAAAGCGGCUUCGGGUUCUAAGAAGAUCAUUGAAAUAUUUCAAACGAAUAAAGCUGCUGAGCCUAAUACAGACCUCACAUUUGAGAACACGUAUGACAGCAGUGAUGAUGAUGAUAACAAAUUUACUUUAGAAUCUCUGAAUUCGUUAUUAAAAAAAAAGAAAGAUGACUUGCGGCUUCGAAUG